GGGGCCGGAACUUCCUGCGUUUCAGGGCAGCAAGUCAUUUCCCCGGGCCGGUGCGCCCCGAGCCGUGGGCCCGGGGCUGGGCCAGUACCGCUCUUCCCAGCUGGUCUUCGGGAGCGGGAGGGGAAGGAUAGGGAGGCCAGGACCCUCCUCCGCGCCUUUGAACUAGUCGUGAGCCCCUGGGACGCGGUGUCCGCCAGGGUCCCGCCGGGCCGCGCGCUCUCCGCGGCCCCAGAGGCGGCAUCGGGCUCUGGGUGCCCUUGACCCCGGGGAGACUGAAGUGCCACCUCGCCCCGGGCAAGGCGAGGCGGUGCUUGGCUGAGCCCGCGACACCCGCCUCGGUCGCCCGCCUCUUAGGGCCCCUGCGUCCACGGGCUGCGAUGGCGGCGGCGGCGCUGAUGGACCAGGCGAAGAACCCAGAGCAGGACUUCCCUGGUGGCGCAGUGGUUAAGAAUCCGCCUGCCAAUGUAGGGGACAAGGGUUUGAUUCCUGGUCCAGGAAGAUCCCGCAUGCCACGGAGCAACUAAGCCCGUGCGCCACAACUACUGAAGCCUGCGCGCCUAGAGCCCAUGCCAAGAGAAGCCACCACACACAGCAACAAAGACACAACGCAGCAAAAAUAAAUAAAUAAAUAAAAAGAACCCAGCAAAGUUUGUCGAAACAGAUGCCGGUCUGGUGAGAACUGCUAAUUCACCAGUGGGUGAGGCUGGCUUGAACAGCAGGUUCAUAGGGCCUAUGCCUGUGUUCUGCCCUCUGGUUCUUCCUCGUGACAAGCAACACGACAGAGACAGAGAAAAACAGUGACCAUCUCUGGGAAGUGAAGGAUAAGGAUUCCCAAGUCACUAAAAAAUCCAAGGAACUAACCAGCUCCACAAAUAUUUUCUCCUGCUAAUCUAAAUUUAGAGACAGAGAAAAGGGAGUCUCACCACUUUCCCUCCCACCAGAACUUGCAGGCAGAGACCCGGGAGGCCGACUUGGACUGUGUGACCUUUGAGGACGUGACCAUUUACUUCUCCCAGGAGGAAUGGGGACUCCUUGAUGAGGCUCAGAGACUUCUGUACUGUGAUGUGAUGCUGGAGAACUUUGCACUGAUAGCCUCACUGGGACUUACAUCCUUCAGGUCUCAUGUAGUUGCCCAGCUGGAGAUGGGGGCAGAGCCCUGGGUGCCUGACCAAGUUGACAUGACGUCAGCCAUGGCAAGAGGGGCAUAUAGAGGGCCUGGCUCAGAUUUUUGCCAUGGAACAGAGGGUGAGGAGUCACCUGCUGAGCUUAGUGUUUCUGUAGAAGUGUCACAGGACAUGAAUCCCAAGGUGGUUCCAUCCACCCAGAAGGGCUACCCCUGUGACCUGUGUGGCCUACACCUGAAAGACAUUGUGCACCCGGCUGAACACCAGGCAACACAUCCCAGGCAGAAACCACAUGUGUGUGAGGCAUACAGGAGAGAGUUCAAGUUCAAUGCCAACCUUCAGCAACCACAGAUGCAGCAGAACGUGGGCAAGCCUAUUGCAAGGAACAAAGGCAGCGCCUCGCUUGUGAAGAGCUGCAGAGAUGACACAUCAAAGAAACCUUUCACACUGAGGGAGGGUGGGAAGGCCUUUGUGUCCAGAUGUGGUUUUCUCCAGCACCAGGUCACUCCCCGUGUAGUGGAGCCACACCAGAGCUCCGAAGGCGUGGCGGAUUUUCCCACUAUGCAAAGUGGUAAGAAGUGCAGUGAAUUUCAGAAUGCUCUCAGUGACAAAUCCUCACUUGUUCAGCAGAGAACCCACACUGGAGAAAGGCCUUAUGAGUGCAGCAAAUGUGGGAUAUUCUUCAGCUACGCCGCUGGCCUCUCUCAACACCAGAGAGAUCACAAUCGAGGAAAGCCUUAUGAGUGUGGUGAAUGUGGGACAUUCUUUAGCCAGCAGUCCAGUCUCAUCAAACAUCAGAGAGUUCACACUGGUGAAAGCCCUCAUGUGUGCAGCGAAUGUGGGAAAUUCUUUAGCCGAAGCUCCAAUCUUAUUCAACAUAAGAGGGUGCACACUGGAGAAAAGCCUUAUGAGUGCAGUGAAUGUGGGAAAUUCUUUAGCCAACGUUCCAACCUCAUUCAUCAUAAGAGGGUUCAUACAGGUAAAAGUGCUCAUGAGUGCAGCGAGUGUGGGAAAUCCUUCAACUGCAACUCCAGCCUAAUUAAACAUUGGAGAGUUCACACUGGAGAAAAACCUUAUAAGUGCAAUGAAUGUGGAAAAUUCUUUAGCCACUUUGAUGGACUUGUUCAACAUCAGAUAGUUCACACUGGUGAACGACCCUAUGGGUGCAGCGUUUGCGGGAAAGCCUUUAGCCGAAGCUCUGACCUCAUGAAACAUCAGCGAGUUCACACUGGUGAACGGCCUUAUGAGUGCAGUGAAUGUGGGAAACUCUUUAGCCAAAGCUCCAGCCUCAAUAGCCAUCGGAGACUUCACACUGGUGAACGGCCUUAUCAGUGCCCUGAAUGCGGGAAAUUCUUUAGCCAACGCUCCAGCUUCAAUAACCAUCGGAGACUUCACACUGGUGAGCGGCCUUAUGAGUGCCUUGAAUGUGGGAAAACCUUCAGGCAAAGUUCUAAUCUGAGGCAGCACCAGAAAGUUCACAAACCAGAUAAGCCAUAUAAGUGCAAUGAAUGUGAAAAAGCCUUCAGCCAAAGGUCUACCCUCAUCCGGCAUCAGAAAAUUCACACUAGAGAAAAGAGUUCAGAGAAUGUGCACCCUCCUUCUUCAGCACGACAGCACCCACUAGAGAUUAACUCUGAGAGUGGUCUUUAUGAGGGAGCUGCCAGCCAGAAGUUGAACCUUGUUCAUCCAAAUAUCUAUGCUGGAGAGAUUCCCAAUGGAUGCUAGAUACAUUGGAAGCUUUCUGGAGCAAGGUUGCAUUUUCUGACCACAAACUUUGCCAGAGUUUUUCUCACUGCUAAUGUCUGUCGUAGAAGUCAUCUCAGUUCUACCCACUGGCAGGUGUCCAGAGUGUGCAUCAGCCACUUUCCUGUGCUCACGGAAGACAGGCCUCUGUUUCCUCUUUCCAAGAGGGAAUCAUGAGUAGCCUGAGGCCAUGGGAAGAUGUCAUUCCCUCCCCCUGUGACUGGUUUAGCUGUGGACAUGACCCAUCUUUGGCCAUGAAGACCUGAGCUGGGUCCUACUGGCAGCUUGCAGAGGUUUCCCUUUUCCAAGGACAUUUGUUGAUCUUGUAUGAUGCUUGUGAUGGAUUCAUCCAGCUUCCACAUUACCCACCUUAACAACUAUUUACUUUACAUUGCUCUGGUUUGGGUGAUAAGAGCCUUAUUGAUAAAGCCACCUUUAAUCUCCUGUGUUCUGAUAACUGUGGAGUGGGUUGAGAACAGAAUUAAGGUCUACCAAACCAAAGGGGUCUCCAAAUUUAUUGCCUCAGGGAAGAGCAGGAUGGCAGAGCGCAGUUUUCAGUCCAGAUUUGGCCUCAUUUGUGUUGCUACCCAAGGCAUCCUAGGGAAGCUUGUAGGGCUUUGUGGGCCUAAUGUUGUGGUCUGAAUGGCAUGAAUUUUUGUGAAUCAGAGAUUACUCUGAGGAAGGGGAGGCUGUGCAACCUCCAGUGCAUCUGGAAGCAGCAUGAGUUGGGCCCCUUGUUUACUGGGGAUGCCUCCUAUUCCUUAGCACUGUUGAGUAGACACUGUUUACCUGGCCCCUGCCAAGGAGUUAUAUGCCCUUGAUGUCUAAUGUUCCAGUAUAUGUCACCUACUGUAAGACUUACUGGGUCCAGUUGGCAAACUAGAGGGAAUGUACCUGUUCUAAAAGUGCAUCCACAAAUGUUCCCUUAAAUGUGACUGUGCAGGAUUCAGGAUUUGCAGAAGUUCUCAGGACCUCCAGACCUCUGUCCUUAUGACUAAGGUCACCGGCAGAGCAAAUUAUCUCAAGGUUUUGUGGAAUACUGCAGGCUCUCUGCAUUAUUCAUGUCAAAGCCAUUGCUGUGUUGGCAGGAAAAUGGGGACUAAGAGAAGGUAGAUCCUGUACACCAGGGAUGAGGCAUUUGUGACAUAGCCAGCCAUCUCUGCUGCCAACACAUGAGGAGAGAGGUAGUAGAGUCAACGUGGGGUUGCCAAAUCUUCUAGUUUUCCAAAAUGAGUAGGAGAUCAGAUUUUUAUGUGCAACAAUUUCUUUUAAUGCUUUGUUGAGAUAUAAUUUUCAUGCAAUAAUUGGCUGUAUGUAUUUAAUGUGUACACUUUGAUAAGUUUUAAAAUAUGUAUACACUCAGGGAACCAACAACACAAUUAUGAUAACGAACUUAUCCAUCACCCACAAAGCUACCUCAUGCCCCUUUACUAUCCCUCCUUGCCUUCCCCAGGGAACCAUUACCUACAUGCCAAGGAAACCAUUGAUUUACCUUUUUUUCACUAUAGAUUUGUUUGCUUUUCAUAGAAUUUUAUACGAUUGGAAUCAUAAAGUAUUUAUACUCUAUUUUUGGUCUGUUUUCUUUCAUAUAGCAUAAUCAUCUUGAGAAUCAU